AUUCCUCACUUCUGGAUCUCUUUCUUUUCCUAGGAACCCAUCUUCAGUGUAUGAGCCAAAUCAAUAUUGUUCACUUUAUCUAAGCCCCUCUGCUUUCCCCCACCCAAACCCAAAAUUUUUCACUCACUCCACUUGUGUAAAACAGAACUCCUCUGUUUCUCCCCUGUUCCUUUGGACACUUCCAUUGUGGAUAACACAAAAAAAAAUGUCUUACUCAAGUAUCUGUCAAGGGUUGCAAUCAAGUGUCGAACCCUGGCUCAUGGAACCACGUGUGCUAAAACUCAAGCUGGCUCCACCAGGGUCCAAUUCCAACACUUCCACACACUCUCCAGUGACUCCACCACCCAACAACACAAACAAUGAACAUGGAAACAAAAACCACUCUGAACAAGGUGGCUGCAACAACUGGAGUUUCCUUCAAUCACUCUCCAACAUUUCUCAUUGCAAGGAGCCACAAACUGAGAAUGUCUACGUCCACCCUUCUGUUAAGCGCUCCUCUUCAAUGCUCAGUGCAAAGAGCUUGGAACUAUGCACCGAAAGUUUAGGCUGCGAAACUGGUAGCAAUGCCAGUGAUAACUCUGAUGACUUGUCUUUAUUUUCACUUGAAAGUUGCCCUAGUUUAAGGAGCAACAACACUUCAGUAACUAACAAAAAUUCUGAGUCUAGAAGAUUGAACCGAGGAAGCAAUUUUCCACCUCCUUUGACUUCAAUGGGGGGGGUCAGAGUUAGGUCUCAUCGUGAAGAUGGUAAGCUUAUCUUGGAAGCUGUAACUUCCUCUUCUCCCCAACCCUAUUUUCAAGCCGAGCGCGGUGACGGAAGGCUUAGGCUUCGACUUUUCGAGAGUGUGGCCUCAGCUUAUGAAGAUGAAGCCUUGAACCAAGAAGAAGAUGCUGAUGUAGAAGAAGAUUUGGAAGAGUACGUUGGAAAUGCUGAGGAUGAGAUUGGUAUGACAAAGUUAGUGAGGCCAAGCAGGUGCAAGGAAAGUGGGAAAAGAGUCAUUUUUGGCGAUGGAUACUUUGAGCAUCCCCCUCUUUCUCUUUGUCUCUGAGGAGAAAUUAUUAGAUAGUCUGGAACGUUUCUAUCGUAGUAUUCAGAAACCUUUAUAUGGUAUUUGAUCAAUCUUUACGUGACAUGUAGCUAGCAAUCUAGCAUUAGCAUCUGAGCAUAACUUAUUUUCCUACUGUUAUCUUUUUUUUUUUUUUUUGGUGUUAGGAUUUUCUGCUUUUAUGAAUGGAAGUUUGGUGCUUGAAAUUUCUGAAGGGUAGUUAUUAUAGUUAUUAGUUACAUUGGAUGUCGUUCGUCUGUUCUCUCUCCCUUGUUUCUGUUUUAUUUUA